GUAUUUAUAGGUCACUGGGAUGAGCCGCAGAUGUCUCGCAGAGGGGCGACCAUAACAAAUCGUUUGUGGGUUUAUACUGAGAGGUGCAAUGUGGCUCCGGUGCCCCGGCAGGGGGGUUACACUGGGUAUAUGAACCAGACCGGGGGGGCUGCCCGAUCACAUGACCCAGAGCGCCCACAUAUUGCCCUAGGGAGACAAACAGAAGCCGUAACCAAUCAAUAUGGACUUCUCCAUGCUGACUGACGAGCUGGAGCGCGAUGUUGAUGCGCAGUAUGUGAUCCAUCAGAGCCUGCAGGAAGCCUUCCUCAAGGACCCCAUCGCCCAAACGGCGCAAAGCAACAGCUCCUCGUCACUGAGCCGGGAACACGAGCAGAUUGUGGCAGCCAUACGGGCAGGAGAUGAGAAGACCCUAACGAAGCUGAGUGCCCACCGGCUGGCGUUCUGCGAGGCUGACGAUAACGGUUGGACGCCAUUGCACGAAGCUGCCGCGCAGUUGGAUAGAAACAUCCUGGAAAUAACAUUUAAAGCGGUCAGUUACGCCACCUGGGAGCAGACGACAUUUAAAGGGGAAACGCCGCUCUUCCUGGCAGUAGAAAACUGCAGACUGGAAAAUGUCAACUUCCUGCUGUCCAACAACUGUGACCCCGACAUCCUGAAUGGCGCGGAGGAGUCGCCCCUCGUUGUAGCCAUUCGCCAUGGGGCCUAUGAUAUUGCUGCGCUCCUGCUGCGCUUUGGUGCCAAUGCCAACUUCCCAUGCGCCGACAACCGCACCGCCCUGCACGAGGCAGCCAAGCUGGGCAAGAAGGACCUAGUGGGGCUGCUCCUGCGCUCGGGGGCCGAUGUUGGCUUUACCAGUAACUACGGGUUCACCCCACUGGCACUGGCGGCACAGAAUGGGCACACGGAAGUCAUGGAAAUGCUCAUCCAACGAGGCGCCAACGUUACAGCUCAGGCCUCUGAUUCAGCGUCAGUCCUGUUUGAAGCAGCGGCAGCAGGUAACCCCGACGCCGUCUCCCUGUUGCUGGAAUACGGAGCAGACGCCAAUGUACCGAAACACUCCGGCCACUUGCCGAUACACCGCGCUGCCUACAGGGGGCAUAUUUUGGCCCUAAAACUUCUGAUUCCAGUGACAGAUAUUGGGGUGAUCAGGAGAAGCGGCAUUAGUCCAGUUCACUCAGCGGCGGCCGGGGGGCACCCGCAGUGCUUGGAUCUGCUCAUCCAAUCGGGCUUCGAUGUGAAUUUCAUGCUGGCCCAACGCGUUCGCAAAGGUUACGACGAUGAGAGGAAAUCCGCUCUGUACUUUGCCGUUUCCAACAAUGACAUUGGCUCCACCCACCUGUUGCUAGAGGCCGGGGCGCUGCCCAACCAGGACCCUAUCAACUGCCUGCAGGUGGCGCUGCGGAUGGGAAACUACGAGCUGGUAAACCUGCUGCUCCGACACGGGGCCAACGUCAACUACAUCUGUCGGGUGAACCCCCUGCACUUCCCGUCGGCCCUGCAGUACGCGCUGAAGGACGAAGUCAUGUUGCGACUGUUGCUCAAUAACGGCUACGACGCCUACAGGUGCUUCGACUGCCCCGACGGGAACCGAGAGCAUUGUAUGCGCGGCAUCGAGGGAUGGACGUCCACCGUCAUCAAGGACACAAUGUUCUGCGAAGUGAUCACCCUGACUUGGCUCCGGCACCUCUCGGGGAACGUCGUCCGGGUGCUGCUGGAUUAUGUCGACCAAGUGCAGUUCUGCAGCAAACUGACCAAUGUCCUCAGCAAACAGAAACAAUGGGAGGAAAUCCAGCAAAUUGCCUCCAACCCGCGGCCCCUCAAGCACCUGUGCCGCCUGAAGAUCAGGAAGUGCCUGGGGCGCCUCCACCUGCGCUGCCCGGUCUUCAUGUCAUUCCUGCCGCUGCCCAAUCGGCUGAAGGAUUAUAUCCGCUACAGGGAGUACGAUCUGUACGGACAGGCCAGCUCUGCCCCACCCUGGUAACUGCGCCAAAUCCCAAGGGGGGGGGGAUGCCCUGGGGCACUUUAUCAAGCCCUUGGCAUGGAAAUAAUCAGCCUUGCUGGCACCCUAGGGCUACUCACCCUGCCAACCAACUGGCACCGACCCCCAGCACCCAAUUCCCUGCUCCCGUCUCCUUGGCACCCAUAUUCCUGGCAAGUCACAUGACAUUGUUAUAUAAGGACUCGCUGCCUUUACUAACCCUACUAAUUACCCCCCCCCCACCCCAGGACCUGUAGGUCCUCUCCUAUUCCCCUACCCCUGCUGCCCAGUUACUAAGGUUUAUAAUCAUAGCAACAAGAAGGCAUUUUACUUCCCUCCCUGCCCCAGUGAGCUUACAAUCUAAGGACACACACACUUCGGACUGUUUUUCAGGAGCCAAUAACUGGCCUGUAGGUUUUUGGACUUUAAUUAAAAAGAGGUUUGUAAGAUUCUAAA